AUGCGUACACCACUCAAUGCGGCGAGCACACGUGGGCAUACUGCAGUGGUUGAGGCACUCCUAGCUCAACCGAAUAUAAAAGUGAAUGCGUACGACACGGACAAACAAACUCCAAUAUGUGGAGCUGCACGAAAUGGCCACGCAGAAAUUGUGAAGAUGUUACUAUCAGCUGGUGCUCACGCCGGUUUUGUGCGCAAAACGGGAUGGCAGACCCCUCUUCAUUCCGCUAUCCGGCACAAGCAGGCCGAGUUAGUCCGUCUGCUCGUCAACCGGGACGAUGUUGAUCCAAACGCACUAGGUUCAAAUGGCACCCCAUUGGAGACCGCAGUCGAGGCGAACGAAGAGGACUUAGUGAAAAUUCUGCUUACAGACAAGCGGAUAAAUCCGGACCUAACAACGCGCUCGAUGUUUCGGACACCGUUGUUAGAGGCUGCGUUAAAAAAUAACGACGCCAUGGUUCGCCUUUUACUCGAGGCCGGUGCAAACAAAGAGAUCCAGGAUUCUACAUCUCUCUCACCUGCUAUGUUACUUGAUGCGCCUAGUGCAGAGGCUCGCCAUGAACUCAUUCGAGAGCGAUCGUUGACGGGCAUAAAGGAUCAUGAUGCAUCUGUAUUACGGAUGCUUUCAAGUCGCGAUCUGUCUGAAAAUUGA